UCUAGGCGGGCCCGAUGAUGUCACUGGCGAGGGGCCGGUUCUUCAUGCUGCCUUGAUUGCCCACCCAAAAGCUCUGCCCCGUGCGGGUCUCGUUCCCUUCGCUAGUCCCCCAUUCGGGCAUCUCGGUGGCUGUCAUGACGGCAUGUCCGCGACCUCCAUUCAGGGUUCCAUGCUCUUUGAAAUAUAUAGGGUCACGCCCGGCGGCAGUACCUUGAUGCAGCCUCCAGAUGCUUCCCCGCACAACCAGAUCCUGUGGGGAAUGAGCCAAUUGUACAACAGCAAUGCAGCGAUCUCCACGACUUCUCACCACAACUAACUUCCUGUUCAACACUGUUUGCUAGAAAUCAACAUCCAGCCCCUGGAAGGUGAACGCUGUCGGUGUUUUGACCCGUGAUCCAAUCUAACCGCCCGAACCGCUAAGGCGAACAUCUCGCCACCUUCAAUUAUCAACCUCUCUCCAACACUAACUGCCUUCCCUCCCCUUCACUCACCAUGGGCGACCACAAAAAUGCCGCCAAAAUUUCGGGCGAUGAAGAAGGGGCGGAUGCAGAGGAACCAGGACGCCCGAUAAGAUUGACGUACAAUAUCGAAGGAGCCCGCGAACGCGAGAUGCACAUGUUCUACCCUUACUGGGGAAUUCCUCCCGUCAAAAAGCGAUCCGCCAACGCGUCUCGUGAUAACGUCCUCACCGUUUUCGCGCAGCUAGCGACACUUCGGCUAAAAGCCAAGCGAGCCUUGAUCUCCCUCUUCGAUCGAACCACCCAAUACGUAGUAGCCGAGGCAACGCCGCGCUACGACCUCCGCAGGCACCAUAAUCACCAGCAGGACUCGAACGCGAAGGCAAAAUCUGGAAAUCUAUGGCUUGGUGUGUGUCAGAUGUCUCGGGAAUACAUGAAGAUGUGCGAUCAUGCGAUGAAGGCCGCCGUGGAGGACCCUGAGGCCCUUUUCAUGGUGCGCGACUUAUCCAAAGACCCCCGCUUUCACGACCAUCCGUCCGUGGUCGGACAUCCGCAUAACCGCUUCUACGUCUCGGUACCGAUCGUCUCCCCUGGAAAGCAUGUGAUUGGAAAUCUGGUGGUUAUCGAUGACAAACCUCGGGAUGGACUCACCGAAGAAGAAAUCGUCUGCGUACGAGACUUGGCAUUGACCGUGAUCGACCACCUGCAAUCCCAGCGAGCCAUGCGUGAGGAGUAUCGGGAAGAGAAGAUGGUAAAGGCCCUGGCUUUGUUUGUCAAUGGCAAGUCGGACCUUGGGGAAUGGAGCCAAAAUCAGGAUGGUCGGCCAAUAAAGAAGGCGGGGGGGGCCUUGGUGGACAUGUCGGAGGUUAAGAAUCGUCUCGAUGACCUCAAGGUUACUGACUCGGAGGAUGACUCUGGUCAACAGGAAGGGUCGGAGAAAUCGCAAAGCGAGACAGAGCCGCCGUCUGAUGAGCAAGAACCGCAACAAAAUGGGUCGGAAGAACGGCAAGAUAUCUUGGACGAAGAGCAAGAUCAACCGGAACAGCAAUAUCGAUCGGAGCUACAGCAAUGUGGGAUUAGCUCAAAGUCAUUUGAGUAUCAAGAUGACACUCCUAUAUCUCCUAAGGGUACAUGGAGCCCAUCCUCAGACAUCAGCCCAUCCCGAGACAGCGGUGUCAAUUCAGAGAAGAGUCCUACUUUGAACGGCAAUACUUCAGACAAGAGUAACUCUUCGAAAAGGAACUCUGGAUCCCCAGGAGAGCAGGGGUAUCCUUCUCAGUCUGCCGAAGCCAAUGGGGAUAAUUCCAAGCCUUUCGACGACAACAACAAUACUCACACCGCCCCCAAGGAAAAAGGCUAUACAUUCCAACCGUCCACUAGCGAGCGCCAGGACGAUGACACUACGCCUUCUUACAAUGCAAAGCGUGGCCGUAGCCCGGAUUCAACCGUACAUAGGUUUGGAAAGGUGGGAGACAAGCCGACCAAGAGCCCGGUAGGCUCACAUGCGCAGGGACGACCAACUCGUCCGAAGCUUUCCCCUACGACAAGUCGUCUACAAGAAUCGCUGGUUCCGUCUAAUGUGCGAACGAUCCUCAGCCGUGCUUCAAAUCUAAUCCAUCAGGCCCUCGAUGUCGAAGGAACAAUGUUUCUUGAUGCGUCAGUGUAUGCGAGACGGCAGAUGAUGGGCUCAACUAGCGACUUGCACGAGGAUCGCAACCCCAGCUCUCGGAAGGUUUCGGGCGACAGCCAAGUGACCGCCGGGAAAAAACCGGCCAAGGAUCAGAAUCUUGGCUCCGCCACCCUGGUGCUCGGCCACUCGACGAACGCUGGUCUCACCCAGGACCACGAGCCGAGUGAUCGACACUACGUCUCACUCUCGAGCGAACUGGUGAGUCGCAUCAUCGACCGCUAUUCGCGCGGAAAGAUCUUCCAUAUCGAUGCGGACGGCACAAUCACAAUGAGCUAUGAGGGCACUGCGCUCAGCUCGGAACUGGAGACCCAUAUUCGCGGAGAGGAUGCAGGCCUGGAAGGGAAGCAACCCCACGAUGCGAUGAUCCAGGAAGAAAACCGGGAUAUCAGGGACCUCAUCAAAGUCAUGCCCGGUGCCCGGUGCAUCGCGAUUUUCCCUCUGUGGGACUUCCAGCGCAACCGAUGGUUCGCAGUCAAUGUGGUGUGGACGAGAGAUCCGGGCCGAGUGUUGUCGGAGCCGAAGGACUUGACGUACAUGGCGGCCUUCAGCAACAGCGUGAUGGCAGAGAUCUCGCGGCUGAAUUUGCAGGCGGCCGAUCGCGCGAAGGCUGACUUUAUCUCGUCGAUCUCGCACGAGUUACGCUCACCGCUGCACGGCAUCCUGGGUACAUUGGAACUGCUGAACGACACGGCGACGAGUGUCACCCAACGACCUUUGUUGGAGACCGUCUCUAGCUGCGGCAAAACCUUGCUUGACACCCUGAACAACCUGCUAGAUUACGGCAAGAUGAAUGCGCUGAACGACCCCCAGGGAUCGCAGAAGCAGAAUGAGUCAAAGAAUGAGGAAGAACGCCGUACCAGCAAAUCCCAGGGCCCGCCGGAGCAGGAAGAGGACCUGAGCCUGAUUGUGCAGGAAGUAGUCGAAGGCUUGGUCGCGGGCCAGGACUUUUUCUGGAGAACCACCGAGACGAAACCCGAGAAAGAGAGAAAAGCGAAGGAGAAGAAGCCUAGAGGGAAUCUCAAGGAUGUUAUCACUAUUGUCGACAUCAAGUGGCAGGAAAGCUGGCUUUGCAAGGUCAACCCGGGCGCCUGGCGCCGAGUCAUCAUGAACCUCUUUGGCAACGCAUUGAAGUAUACUGAGAAGGGUUGUAUCCGACUGCGCAUGGAGAACGAUAGCAUGCUCCUCGAAAAUGAGAAAGUCCCUGCCGUCCGGAUCGUCAUCACGGACUCGGGUCGCGGGAUGUCCGAAGACUAUAUUCUGCAUCACCUGUACACGGCAUUCGUCCAAGAGGACACCAUGUCCCCUGGGCUAGGCGUGGGUGUGCACAUUGUGAACCAGAUCGUCAAAUCAAUGUCCGGUCAGAUCGAGUUUAACAGCGAGCUUGGUGUCGGAACCGAAGUUAGUCUGCUAAUUCCGGUAACCAUGAUCACCGACAAACCAGAGACAUCGUUGGCGUCGUCGAGGUACCGGACCCUUAAGAAGAGAUUGCAAGGCCGCACUGUCGCACUGUUCACGAAUACUUUCCGCGCCAACGACCUGAAAGUGAAACCAGAGUUUGUGGAUAACAUCGUGGCCAACCUUCGUAAAAUGAUCAGCGACUGGUUUGGCUUGCGGGUGUUGACGGUGGGAGAGCUAGAAGGACAACCGGCAGAUAUCAACAUCAUCACCCAGGAUGAGUACAGUCGGAACUACAGCCCCGAGGGUACUGGGCCUGGCGGACUCUCCCCUUCAGUCUCAGCCAGCGUAGGGUUCCCGCUGAUUGUGCUGAGCGCGAACGCUACUAAGGCUGCUGAUCUCCGGAGCGACCGGGACGAUGUUGUAUUUUUCUACCAACCUGUGAGCCCCAAGAGUCUGGCCACUGCGUUCGAGACGUGCCUCGAUAUCAAGGAACGUUCCGGAGAUAACACUCCUGCACGAAUUCAGUCAACACCAUCCACUCCUGACGCUCAGAUCCAGUUGCCAGAGCCUGCAAUGAAUGGCUUCCGGCCUCAGCAUGCCGACACUCGAAAAUCGGAUGACAAGCAAAUGGCAUCUCCACGAGACAGUCAGAUGGUUGAUGGCGUGGAUGGCGUGGAUGGCGUGGACGAUCCAGCGACUGAGCGACGGCAGCCAAACUCUGGGUCUGGACCCCGCAGAGUCCUUCUCGUGGAAGACAACGCUAUCAAUCUCCAGCUCCUCGAAAUGGCGGUGAGAAAGUCGAAACUCCAAUACCAUUCGGUGUCCAACGGGCUUGAAGCAACUGACGCUUUUCGACGCUUGGCAUUUGAUGCUGUCGUGAUGGACAUCUCGAUGCCGGUCAUGAAUGGGCUCGAGGCCACCCGGAAGAUCCGGCAGUGGGAGCGAGCUCAGCACUUGGAGCCCACGGUCAUUAUCAUCCUCACGGCGGGAGUGUCGCCGGACAUCCAGCAGGAGGCGCGAGCCAGCGGCGUCAAUUUGUUCUUGAUGAAACCGAUCUCGAUCGCCAAGUUGCAGAAGGUUCUGCGCGACAUGCCUGACGCGAAGAAGGGGGCAUCCUUCUAAAGAGUCGAGGUGUUUCUGGACUGGAGUUGGGGGCAGCGCGGGGCGUUAUUGGUCUUUGUGUGGUUGGAAUGCAUGGCAUGCAUGGGAUAUGAAUUACCAUACUACGAGUACACGAUUUUGAUGUAUCAGCGACGACGAUAGGAUAGACGAUACCUACAGGAUUUAGUUUUCUAGCAUUGGCUUGUGGAUAUUCAGAUGGAUGGAAUAUAAUGAUGAUUGACUUACA